GAGCAUGCGGGCUCCAUUGUAAUUUCAUGAACUUAAAAUGGAAACCCUAGUUGCCGCUGUUGGCUCUCCCCCGCAACGCUACUCCCUUUAUAAGCAGCUCAAAACCCUAAUCGAGUUCUGGGUUUCUCUGUAGCCGUCGAAGAUGUCGAAGCGAGGACGCGGAGGAUCGGCGGGUAACAAGUUCAGGAUGUCGCUGGGUCUCCCGGUGGCGGCCACGGUUAACUGUGCCGAUAACACCGGGGCCAAGAACUUGUACAUCAUCUCCGUGAAGGGGAUCAAGGGUCGUCUUAACAGGCUGCCCUCUGCCUGUGUCGGGGACAUGGUUAUGGCCACUGUCAAGAAGGGGAAGCCUGACCUCAGGAAGAAGGUGAUGCCCGCCGUCAUCGUGAGACAGCGCAAGCCCUGGCGCAGAAAGGACGGUGUCUACAUGUACUUCGAAGAUAAUGCUGGUGUUAUUGUGAACCCUAAGGGAGAGAUGAAAGGUUCUGCUAUCACUGGUCCUAUUGGGAAGGAGUGUGCUGAUCUGUGGCCCAGAAUUGCAAGUGCUGCCAACGCAAUCGUUUAAGAGUCCUUAAAUUUUCUUGCUGUUCUUUGGUCGGGAACUCGGGGUGAUAUAGCACCUGCAUCUUGCACUUUGUUUCAGUUUAGGGAGUUUUGAGUAAUUUGAAUUUUGUCAGAUGGGCUUUCUUGUGUUCCGGUGGAGCUCUAUCCUUGGAUUAUUGACUUCAUUAUAUAUUUUCAGAGUUAUUGAACAGUA